AUGUCAUCCUACGGAUACGGUCCUCCGCCGCCGCCACCGUCGUCGUCACAGGCGUCCGGAGGCUACGGACACCAAUACCCCUCUACCUACCAGCAAGGCCCGUCCCACAGCGGUCCCUCGCCUCGUGGCGGUCGCGGCGGAGGAUACUAUGGAGGCCGCGGAGGUGGACAUGCAGGACAAGGAGGUGGCAGCGAACAUCAUGCUCAGCAGGGGUAUGGCUAUGGAUCGCAAGGCCCGCAACAGUACGGCCAGCAGAGCCACUAUGGUGCUUCUACUCCACACAGCGCGCCGGCAUCCUAUGGCGGACCGUCACAACAGCCUCCGUCGCAGCAGCAGCACCAGUGGUCCCACGAACCGUCUGUCCAGCACCAUGCACCGCCACCACAAGGAUACUACGCACAGCACCCACAGCAUGCGCAGCACGCGCCGCAGGGCUACCCUCAGCAGCCCCCUCAGGCCCAGUCGCCUGCCCAGCAUCAGGGCUCGUAUGGGCAGCAGCCUCCGUACGGACCCCCCAGCGGCCCGGCUUCCUCUCAGACACCGUACAAUCACCAGUACCAACAACCGAGCGCUCCCCCUUCGCAGCAGUGGAGCGGGCCUGGCGGACAGAAUGGAGGAUACAGCGGGCAUUAUAGCGGCCGAGGCCGUGGAGGAGGUGGUUACCACCAUGAGUCUCGGGGUGGCGGAUCGAAGGCCCAUAUGAUGGGUCCGCCCAUCCGUAUUGGUUUUGAGAAUGGCGGUUCACAGCACCGCCCGGGUGCCGGAUCGCCAGCUCCAGUGAGCAGCGGGGGUUACCAACCACCGCCAUAUGCGGCCCCGCAAGGAGGAGUACCGCCGCAGCCUCCGUCGGGUCCGUCCGGCUACAAUGGUGCCCCGUACCAAAGCUACCCACCAACAGGCCCAGGCGGUCACGGUGGCCCUGUCGGCCCGCCGCAGCACUAUGAUCCUUACUAUAACAACCAGAACAACCGCCACCACCAGCGGGGUGGGUUUCAUAACAACUCCCAUCGCGGUGGCCGCGGUGGGUUUGCUGACAACAAGAUGCGGUACAAAAAGCACAACAGUACCAGUCACGCCGGUGCACCACAUACCACCCAUCCGCACUCCAACAAUCAUCAGAAGCCUGAUGCUGCCUCGGCUGGCAAGAAGAAGAAGCGUAAGACGAACACACUCGGCCUCACGCCGGGUGAAGAGUCAGACGAAGAAGAAGAUGAUGAAGAGGCCAAGUUGGUUGAAUUGAUCGGUCCCGAUGCUCCAAACCCGGUCGACAUUGCCGCAUGGAUCGCUGAGCGGCGAAGUAACUUCCCCACCAAGGAACGCGUGAAGGCGAAACUUGCAGGAAACGAUGCAGGCAACAGCAAACCAGAGGAUGGCGCCAAGGCCGAGUCUGCGGCUGUUGCGUCGCAUGGUGCCAAAAGUGUGGCGGGCCUGACGGCCUUGGAGCGCCAGCAGCAAAAGGCGGAGAGACUGCGCAAGCAGCUGGAAAAGGUCGAGUCCAGCAUCAAGCGAAAGCGCGAGCAGCAGGAUGAGGGUGAUGAGAUGCGCGAUGUGGAGGGCAAUGGCGAUGGCGCCGACUCGGACGCAUCGCUAGACUCCAAGCUUGGAUCGGACGAUGAUGCACCCGAGGCCGUACCCAUCCGCACCGAGACGGCAGCGUCUGUGGCUGCAGCAGCAGCGGCGGCCGCGGCCAAAGGCGUGAUCCCACCGGCCGCGAAGAAGGCCGAUCCCACAAAGCACUGCAAGUACUACUCGACCGGUGGCACGUGUGGCAAAAAGGGCAAGUGCCGCUUUGUGCACGAUCCGGCGGUGCGCGAGGCCGCGCUGCAGGAGCGCGAGCGCAACGGCGGGCGUAUGACGCUGCGCCAGCGACUCGUGCUCAACGACAAGGACCAGGAGGAUCUGACCAUCGUCAAGACCCUGCAGUACCUCAAGGAGAAGGGCAUGAUGUCUGGCGCCAGCGCCCCUCUUGCACAAACCGCAGGGUCCGGCGGUGGCACACCUGGUCCGGGCCAGUCGGGCGCGUCGUCCAAGACGCAGAGUGUCGCACCCACCAGUCCCGGCAAAAGCACCACCAAGCCAGAGUCGGGCGCCGCGAGCUUGCCGGCUGCCCCGUCUCUGGGCAAGAAACACCAGCAGCAGCAGCAACAGCAGCCCCCGCCGCAGCCGGCACAGUCUGACGCCGGCGCUGCUGCGGGAUCUGCUUCGUCUGCUCCGACCGUGCGCUAUCAAGGCUGGGAUCUUAGUGGGUUUGGCAACACUGGCGUGAAGUCGGAGGAGUCUUGA